UGUGUGUGUGUGUGUGUGUGUGUCAGCGAGUCUUUCAUUGCAGCUCCAGAUCUCUGCUGGUGACACAGACACCUCGGCUGUUACUGGACCAUGGCAGGUUAUUAUGGGAUGGUGGUUCUGGUGGGUGUGGCUUGGCUUGUGAUGGCGGCCCAAUGCGACGUGAGCUGCGGAGGACGAGACGGACGUGAAGGAGUGGCAGGAUCCCCCGGCAGGGAUGGGUGGCCUGGAGUGAAGGGAGAGAAAGGAGAGCCAGCUGUGGUGGCCGGCAGUUCACUUGAUGCAGGUGUCCUACUCUUGAAGGGGGAGAUGGGAAAUCGAGGUUUGCAAGGACCAAUGGGUCCUAAAGGCUUCCGUGGAAAUCUGGGAGCAGCAGGUCUGCCAGGACUACCCGGCUCCCCUGGCCCUGAGGGGAGGAGCAGCGGCCAUGGUCAACACUCCCCUCAGGAUGCCCGUUCAGCUUUCUCAGUGAUCAGGACUGACAACAGCUACCCUUCACUCAACAAGCCUGUGACCUUCCAGAUGACUGCGGUCAACAACCCUGGAGACUUCACUGCAGCCACUGGUUACUUCACCUGCAGAGUACCUGGCAUUUUUUACUUCACUUUUCACUCUGUGGCCAAGGUCAGCUUGUGUCUGCGUAUUGCCAGCGAGGCUCUGACCGACAAGCUGGGAUUCUGUGAUUACAACAUUAACAAUGAUCAGGUGCUGUCAGGCGGCGUGGUUCUACAGCUGGCGGCCGGACAGAGGGUUUGGCUCGAGUCCUUCAGGGACCAGCAGACGGCUGAAGAUUUAAAAGACACGCAAGAAAAAAAGAUCAUCUUCAACGGCUUCCAGCUCUUCUCCUAACGUUCCGGCUGUAAACUCGCCACUGCCGGAGUCAGCAGAGAAAACCUGGGGCUGAAUUUAACUAAAAGAAUCACCAUUUCAUUUCUGAAUUGAACCAUGACAUUGUCGUUGGUUUCUCUAGCUUCACUCGUUCACCUGAUUUGUCUCCUUGUUCCUGAUGCUGUAAAUCCUGUUUGAAGGUUUGACUGUUUCUGUGAAUGCAACCAAAACAAAAUAAAAGUUUAGUGUUGA